UGGUUGAUUUUUAUUCUCUCUCUUUAUUUCAUUUUCUCUGCUUUUUCUUUUUCCGCACCACUCUUUUCUCUUUCUGUGGAGAGGAGAGAACGCCAUUAAGCCACCACCUACUACUCCUCCUCCUCACUCUUCACACACUCCAUUUCUCUCUCACUCUCUCUCUCUCUCCACCUUUAUUCUUCUCAUCCUUUUAUGCUUUAUGGCAAAUGAAUACGACAAGGGAACAAAUAGAUUCUGGACCUUAUCCUGUGCGUGAAGGCGAACCAGAUUGUUCAUACUACAUUCGAACAGGUCUAUGCAGAUUCGGGUCUACAUGCCGAUUUAACCACCCUCCAAAUAGGAAACUGGCUAUUGCCACAGCAAGGAUGAAAGGCGAGUAUCCAGAAAGAAUAGGACAAUCUGAAUGUCAGUAUUACUUAAAAACGGGGACCUGCAAAUUUGGAGCCACUUGCAAAUUUCAUCAUCCAAGAGACAAAGCUGGAAUUGCUGGAAGAGUUGCUUUAAAUGUUUUGGGUUAUCCACUUCGUCCGAAUGAGAUAGAAUGUGCAUAUUAUAUGAGAAAUGGACAGUGCAAAUUUGGGAGCACUUGUAAAUUCCACCAUCCUCAGCCAUCUAAUAUGAUGGUCUCUGUACGUGGUUCUGCUGUAUAUCCUCCUAUUCAUUCUCCAACAGCCGGUCAGCUGUCAUUUCCGUUGUCAAGAGCUUCCUUCAUCCCCAGUCCACGGUGGCAAAGCCCUUCAAGUUAUGCACCACUUGUUAUGCCGCAGGGUGUGGUAUCUGUCCCAGGAUGGAACACAUACAGUGGGCAGCUAGGUUCAGUUUUAUCUUCUGAAAACCAACACCCUGCAGCAGGGAACAGCCAGAAAGAUGGCGGGUCACUCCAGAAUGAAACUGGAGAUGCAGGAACACAAUUUCAUUCUGGUUCUCUACCCAUGGGGUAUUAUGCAUUUCAGAGGGACAAUGUAUUUCCUGAGAGACCAGGUCAACCCGAAUGCCAGUUCUAUAUGAAGACUGGGGACUGCAAAUUUGGUGCAGUAUGUAAAUUUCACCAUCCUAGAGAAAGACUUAUCCCUGUUCCUGAUUGUAUCUUGAGUCCAAUUGGACUUCCUUUACGCCCGGGGGAGCCUCUAUGUGUAUUCUACUCCCGAUAUGGAAUUUGCAAAUUUGGCCCAAGCUGCAAGUUUGACCACCCAAUGACUGUUUUUGGAUACAAUGCUGGUGCAUCAUCAUCAACUGACUCCCCAGCUAUUCGUCGUUUUUUGGCAUCAUCAUCAGGAACUGUUGCAUUAAGUUUCUCUCCAGAUAGACUUGUGGAAGCAGGCUCCACAAACAACAGACGGCUCUCUUUGUCGGAGACAAGACAGAAACCCUCCGGUGAUAAUAACAUUGACUCAGAGUGAUAAAAUAUUCUGCCAAACACAAUUAAGUUAUUGCCUUUUCCGCUCUUUUGGAAGAUAAAUAAAUGACAGCAUUGUGUAAAUUGAUUUCUGUGGCUGGAGAUGUACAGAAUUCAUUUCCAAGUCAAUCUGCUCUACUGAAGAUGCCGUUCAGUUGACUAGAUUGACUUCUUUAAAAUUGCUGUGUUGUAUGAAUCUGCAAAUAUUAUCACUUUUGUCAAAGUCAGAAUGUCUCGUAUUUUCUGUCUGCCAUCUUUAUGACAUCAUUGUAUCACUUUGACAAUCUUUCUGAAAAUUCAUUUUCACAGCAAGGUUCAUCUGGGUCAGAGUUGGUCUUCUGAAAAACACACCAGGAUUAUUUCUCAUCGAAACACCUAUUUCUGAUUA